GAUACCCCCUUAAGAAAGUAGUGCAGUAUCUUCUGUCUACUGUGCCGACUGCAUAAGUGAUCCGGUGUCAGAGGAGCACAGGACUGUAGAGAGGGACCAUGGCUUCCCUCAGCCCUUUCGGACGGUCCAGCAAGGACAUUAUGAAUGUGAUGCAGAGGCUGCAAGAUGAACAAGAGGCGGUGCAGAAAAGAACUUUCACAAAGUGGAUUAAUUCACACUUGGCCAAGCACAAACCUCCUUUUGAAGUCAACGACCUCUUUGAGGACAUCAAGGAUGGGGUGAAACUGCUGGCUCUGUUAGAAGUGCUGUCUGGACAGAGAUUACCAUGCGAACAGGGCCGCCAACUCAAAAGGAUCCACUGGGUGUCCAACAUCGGCACAGCUCUUAAGUUCCUGGAGGGAAGGAAGAUCAAACUAGUCAAUAUCAAUGCCACUGACAUUGCUGAUGGACGCCCGUCCAUCGUAUUGGGGCUGAUAUGGACCAUUAUCCUCUAUUUCCAGAUUGAGGAGUUAACCAGUAACCUUGCAGCCCUUCAGGCUUUAUCCAGCAGUGCGUCUUCAGUGGACAGCAUGGCCAGCUCGGAGACGGGAAGCCCACCUAUGAAACGCAAAGGGAUGACAAAGUUUCAGGGCAAUGCCAAAAAAGCCAUGCUCAGAUGGGUCCAAAGCACAGCAACCAAGCGUCUUGGGAUUGAAGUUAAAGACUUUGGUCCUAGUUGGCGCAGCGGUUUGGCCUUCCAUUCUGUUAUUCAUGCCAUUCGGCCAGACCUUGUGGACAUGGACAUAGUGAGAAAAAGAAGUAAUCGUGAGAACCUUGAAGAGGCUUUCAGCGUGGCAGAGAACGAACUGGGAAUACCACGUUUACUAGAUCCUGAAGAUGUGGAUGUGGACAAGCCUGAUGAGAAGUCCAUAAUGACAUACGUAGCUCAGUUCCUGAAGCACUAUCCAGAUCCCCACCAGUCCGAGACAGAUGGACAGCAAGAGGAGUAUGAUCCACAAGAUAUAGAGCUAAUGCUUGAGCGAGAGGAACGCAAGGUGCUAAGGGAGGUGAAGAUCUGGCUGGAUCAGCUAGAGAGAGAUAUACUGCGUGCACAGGGAUCUGAAGAGAGUCUCACCGACAGAUAUCAGGCUUUUAAGAGUUUCCGUGUGCAGUAUGAGAUGAGAAAGAAACAGAUCGAGUCUCUCCUGCAGCCGGUACACAAGGAUGGCAAGCUGUCCGUGGACCAGGCCGUGGUCAAACAGGCCUGGGAUCAUGUGUCUGUCAGGCUCUUAGACUGGCACAUCCAUCUGGAUAAGUCUUUGCCGGACCCUCUGGGAGUGAUCGGAGCCUGGCUGCAUCGGGCAGAACUUUCCCUGAGAGAAGACAUUCCCAUUCAACAGGCCCACGAAGAGACGGCCAACAUCAUCCUCAGAAAACUGGAACAGCACAAGGAGGUUUUGAAGAAUUUGGAAGGACACCGACAGACAUUUCAACAGAUUCACAGAGACCGAUCAGUAAACGGCGUCCCAGUUCCACCAGAGCAGCUUCAGGACAUGGCAGAAAGGUUUAAUUUUGUGUCCACGUCGUCUCACAUCCAUCUGAUUAAGAAUGAGUUCUGGGAGAUGAAGUACCGUCUCAUGGCGUUUCUAAUGCUGGCUGAGUCAAAGCUCAAAUCCUGGAUCAUUAAAUAUGGCCGUCGGGACUCAGUGGAGCUUCUUCUGCAAAAUUAUAUUGCGUUCAUUGAAGGCCAUAAGUUCUUUGAGCAGUAUGAAACCACGUUCCAGACUCUGAAACAAGCUGCAGACUCCUACUUGAAAUCUGGGGCUUCGGGCAGUAAAACCCCCAAGAGAGCUGAGGAGGUAGAAGGGGUGAAUAAGUUUCUGAGCGAUGCCACAGCACAGUGGAAGAACCUGUCAGUGGAGGUGAGGAGCGUCCGCAGCAUGCUGGAGGAAGUGAUCUGCAACUGGGAGAAAUACAGCAGCACAGUGGCCAGCCUGCAGGCCUGGCUGGAGGACGCUGAGAAGAUGCUCAACCAGUCAGAGAGCGACAAACGGGAGUUUUUCCGGAAUCUUCCACACUGGAUUCAGCAGCACAUGGACAUGAAUGAUGCUGGAAACUUCCUGAUUGAGACGUGCGAUGAGACUGUGUCUCGAGAACUGAAACAGCAGUUGCUUCUUCUCAACGGCAGAUGGAGAGAGCUGUUUGUCAAAGUCAAACAUUAUGCAAGAGCAGAUGAAGUGGACAAACUGAGAAAAGAUUAUGACGAUGGGAUCGAAGCUUUAAAGGCAUUUAUUGACAUGGCCAACGAGAGGAUGAACACUCCAGUUCAAGUUUCAUUUCUGAACAUACGGACAUAUCUACAAGACGUUGAGGACAUCAAGCACAAAGUGCCGUCCAUGGAGGCGGCGUACAAGACGGCCACACGUAACGCGCAGCAGCUGACCAAAGACCUCACUGAGGAGGAGAUCGCACAGAUGCUGGCUACCAUGGCAGCCAUCAAGGAUGAGCUCAGCAAGAUAAGAGAAAGAGCUCUGCCCCUGCUGAGGGACUCCCAGGCCAUGCUGCCUCCUUUAGAGGAGAUGGAGAAACAUAUCACUGGGUUCUACCAGUCGCUGGAGAAGGCGAGCCGCAUCACUUCCUCCCGGGACUCCGAGGCUCCAGGAGACUUCAAGCAGAAGUGUCAGGAGCUGGUGACCUAUCAGCAGAGCUGUAAAAAGUGUCUGUCAGUGAUUGAUAAAAACCAUCAGAUCAUUCUGAAAUCACUGGACACCAGCAAGAACCUAAAACACCUGGACACGUCACUGCUAGAGAGGAGAAUCUCAGAGCUUCAGGCCUCUUCACAGGGCAUGGUAAAAGAAACCACAGAAUGGAAGAGGCAUGUGGAGGCGAACAGCAGCCUGAUGAAGAGAUUUGAGGAGUCUCGUGUGGAGCUGGAGAAGGUUCUGAAAGUAGCUCGCAGCUCCAUGACUGAGAGAGGAAACCCAGAGGACCUUCUGAAAAAGCACACUGAGUUCUUUGGGCAGCUGGAUCAGAGAGUUCUCAAUGCUUUUCUGAAAGCCUGUGAUGAACUCACAGAUAUACUACCAGAGCAAGAACAGCAGAAUCUGCAGGAAACAGUCAGGAAACUGCACAAACAGUGGAAGGAUGUCCAAACAGAGGUUCCUUCUCACCUGCUGCAUCUGAAGGUGGAGCUGGAGAAGAGUCGUCUGAUGGCAUCAGUGCAGGAGUGUCAGGCUGAAGUGGCCCGUGAGAACCGCAGUCUGCCCAGCAUGGGCAGCGAGAGGUUAAUCAAAGAGCACAGGAUGUUUUUUAAGGAAAAGGGUCCACAGGCUCUUUGUGAGAAGCGCUUACAGCAUAUGGAAGAGCUGUGCUCGAAGCUUCCGGAGAGCGAACAAGCCCGGCAAACUUUAGAGAACGCCAGGACAGCGUUUGCAGAGGUCAAAGAGGAUAUUGACAGCACACAUCAGAAACUAAUGCAGCACCCGGACAAAUGGAAGGAGUUUAAUACCAGGUUCUCUGAACUCUCCGCCUGGGUUACAUCGAAGGAAAAUCAACUCAGACUUCUGCGAAACAGAGCUGGAGACCCCAGCAAGUUUGGACAGGUCAAAUCCACUAUAGAGAGUCUGAGAAACGAUGCUGAACUGCAGGAGGGGAACGUGAGCUGGCUGAAGACGCGUUUGGCUGCUUUGAUAGAGGUUUGCACAGAGAGUGACGCUCAGAGACAGGGAGCUGCUCUCAGCAAACUCUCCAGUGACUUUAAGGGUCUCCUCACAUCCCUUUCUGAGUCAGAGAAGGUCGUGCUGGCGGUGAGCGACUGUGUGCAGUUCAGAGAGGAGGUGAAAACUACACUGGAGGAGUUGACACAGGGUCAGCAGGAGCUGCAGUCUGAGACCAGCAAGAUUCUGAACUCUGAGUCUGUCAGAGAAGCCCAACAACUGCUGCUGCUUCAUCAGCAACAACUCAAGCGUCUCCGGCUCAAGCGGAAGGAAAUGCAAGAGCAGAUAAACCGUGGGAAGCAGCUGCAGGUAGAGGAGGGUCUGGAGGAGAGCUUACAGGAAGACCUGCAGAAACUAGAGGCUACCUUGAGUGAAAUGGAUCAAAGCACAGAGUCACAGGAAAAGAACCUGGAGGUGACUUUAGCUGCUUGGCAGGAGUUUGAGGGUCAGCAGGCAGCAGUGAGGGAGUUUGUGGGUAAAGUGCGAUCGGUCACAGAGAGAGAGGAUAUGUUCCAGUCCCUGGAAAAGCUGAAGGCCACCCUGCUGUCCCUGUCCGCUGGCGCCCGCAGGCUCAGCGAGAGAGAGAAGGCCGAGAGAGCCGUGGCGGCCCUGCAGCAAAGUUACGAGCAGUGUUUAAAACAGGCCAAGGAAAAACAGAACCAAAUGGAGAGCCUUCUGUCACACUGGCAAAAGUAUGAAAAGGAUUGGUCUGCCCUGCAGUCAUGCCUGGAGAGAUGUGAAUCCAUAUCCAGCCCUGACUCUCAGUUCCUCCCGGUUGACAAACUAAAGCUGGACGGAGAGCUGCUGGAACUGAAACACCUACAGAGUGAACUUCAGUCUCUGGAGUCAGUUUACAACAGGCUGGUGGCCCAAACACCAACUCUUUACACCACUGCAUCAGAUGAACGUGUGAAAACACUCAAAGAAGACCAUGAACAGCUUGAGAAAAGAUGGAAGUGUCAGACCACAGCUAUACCUCAAAGAAUCCAAGUGCUUCAGGAGCACCUUUCUCAGGUGGAGCAGUUUGAUCAAGCCCUGCAGAAGUUCUUCAAAUGGGGAGAGUCUUUCCUCUCAUCUUUACAUUCGUUUUCUCACGUUGAUAUCACUGAUCUUCAACCUUCCACCAGUGAUAUCACGGAGAGGAGAGAUGAUCUGCUGAAGCAAAGUGUUUUAAGACAGAGUCUUCAGCAGCAAACUAAGACCUUGUGUGAUGUUUGUGAGCCAGCUGAGGUUCAACAGCUUCAGGGAAAGUGGGAGAGCUCCUUGCAGCCAUACAUGGAGGCACAUCAGCUGGUUGAACUACGAGGCGAGAGUCUGGAGAAGCUAGAGGCCUUCUUACACACCCAUAGUGUGGCGGCCGGCGUCCUUCAGGGCCUCAGACAGACCGUGGAGAGCGCUGGGAGUUGGGAUAAAAGCCGGGUGGACGAGCUGCAGAAAGACCUCGAAGCUAUCGUUCCUGAUAUUAGUCGCCUUGAAACGCUCGCUGUGAAUCUGGACGGCAGCCUCUGUAAGGCUCAUCUCCACCUGAUGAAUGGAAAGGACACUCGAUCCUCGUGCCGCUCAUUGGCCGACUUCUUGAGCGUGGAGCUGGAUGCUGUGAGGAACCUACUGGGCUCCAAACAAAGCGAAGCUGAGGCUCUCGGUGCUCUUUGGAGCUCGUUCAGACAGCGUAAAGAGCAGCUGCUCAAAACGGUAGAGGAUAUUGAGGAGAAGGCAGAUAAACAGGGCCUGAAAGAGCCCAAUGUGCUUACUCUACAGCAGAGGCUUCGGUUCUUCAAUCAGCUGGAAGAUGAGCUGCAGUCACACCAGCACGAGGAGCAGUGGCUCAGGGACAAAGGUCAACAGCUGGCUCAGAGAGACGCUGAGCUGGGUGGUGAAGUACUAAGGGAAAUUAACCUCCUUCAGACCACCUGGGAAGACACCAAGAAACUCAUUACUGAAAGGCAAGAGCAGAGCAGCGCUUUGGUAGAGCUCAUGAAGGACUACCAGAGCUUAAAGUCUUCAAUAAACACAAUAUUGGAGAGUGCUGAUGCUAUAGCCGACAUUAAAGCUGUCCUAAAAGACCAAGAGGACACGCGAAGAUCCCUGUUGAAGCAUGAAGCUGUUAAAGCAGAGAUGGCCAGUAACCAGAAUGUACUAGAGCGAUUUUCAAGUAAAGGAAAGAAGCUUUUAAGUGAAUUAAACAAAAUCCCUGAUUGCGACACCCAGAAGACAGAAAUAGAUGCCACAGUGGACCAGUGGCUAGAUGUUUCAGAAAAAAUCGAGGACAAUCUCGAAAGUCUCAAGAGGAGCUCUGCUCUGUGGGUGGAAAUCUACGACAUCAGUGGAGAAAUCGAAAGCUGGUCCAACAGCUCGGUUAUGGAUCUGACAGAUGGACUCAAUAACUUCAAUGAUAGCCAGAAAACCGCAAACAAACUCUCUGAAGUCAAGGUGGAUGUUGGCCUGAAAGAAAAGAAGAUUGAUGCUUUACAAGAGAAAGUUUCAGAGCUGAAACAACUCUGCGGUGGCCAAGAUGCUCCUGCUAAACUGCAGGUCAUUGAGACGGACCUCAGAAGGAAAAUUAGUAGCAUUGAAGAGUUAUGUGACCAAGCCAAGAGCAACCUCCAAGAUUUCUGCUCUCAGAAGAAGCAGCUGGAAGGUUUUCUCAGCCAGAUGUCCGAGUGGUUGAAGAACGUUGAGAGAUCUUUGGUGGAUUCACCAUGCGGAACAGCUCCUGAAGAAAUCUGCAGAGUGAAGGAAAUCCAAAAGGAGCUUCAGAACCAGCAGACGAGCAUUGACUCGGCCCGGGAAAGCCUGAACACGCUUUGCAGAAAAUACCCAUCCGAGGAACUUGCCGGUCUAGGUUCCUCUAUGACCGACCUCAUCAAGAAAUAUGAAACGGUCAAUCAGCUCUGUGUUAAGAAGCUUGGCUCCAUGCAGCAUGGCCUCCAGCAGCACUUCAAUGAUCUUGUGAAGGAGUUUCAUACAUGGCUCUCUGGACAGAAAUACAUUGUAAGAGAAUGUGCCGAUCAUUCUGGUGACAUGAGCGUGGUGGGACGCAAACUGCAGAAAUUGAAGGGAGCUCUGGAGCGGGUGGAUGAUGGAGACAGCCGUCUAACGCUGGUGUGUACGGAGGGUGAGAAGCUUCUUCUGCACCUCCCGAAAGCCAGCGCUGGCCAAGUCCAGCAGAACCUCUCCUCCAUCCAGCAGGACUGGGACAGUUACGUGGAGCAGUGUAAACAGAACCAGCAGAACCUGGAAGAGAGCGCCAGUCUGCUCAGCGGCUUUGAGAGCCGUCUGCAGAGGUUGACCUGCUGGCUGGAGCGCAUGGAUGUGAGGAUGAGCACCGAGCUGCCUGAGGGGAGACACGGCGAUCAGGAGAGAGUGACGCUGGAGCGCGUGGAAGAAUUCCAACAUGAAGUGCUUAAAGAGAGGGACUCAUUUGAGAGUCUGUGCCAGGAAGCUCAGUCUCUGAGUGAGGGGGGUCAUGGCAGUGGGGCGGAGCUUCGAGCGUCUGCGCAGCUGCAGCUGCAGCAUCAGGCGCUUCUCAAGGCGGCGAGGGAGAGACUGCGCAUAUGUCAGCUCAGCCUGCAGGAGCAGCAGAACUUUGAGGAGACGCUGCAGAGCACCUGGGGAUGGCUCAGUGGUGUACAGGAGCGCCUCAAUUCACUCAACAGCACCAGCGGCAAUAAAGAGACUCUGGAGAAGAGACUGGGGCUGGUUCAGGACAUCUUGCUGAUGAAGGGUGAAGGGGAGGUGAAGCUCAACAUGACCGUAGGGAAGGGAGAACAGGUGCUGAAGAACUGCAGUAGGGAUAAACAGGAAAUGAUCCGCUCUCAGCUCAAGAGUCUGAAGGAUUCCUGGGCCAAUAUCCUCAUGACCGCUAUGAGCUGCCACAGUCGUCUGGAGUGGACCGUGGCUCGAUGGGGCAGUUUUCUGGAGAGUAAAGCUCAGCUGCAGCAGUGGAUGGAGAUGGUGGAGCAGGAGGCAGGGGUGGCUCUGCCGCAGCAGCCCGGGCUGAAAGAGAAAGCUUUGCUGCUGGAGCGCCUGCGGGCCAUUCAGGCCGAUGUGGAGGUCCAUUCGUCAGCACUGACACGUCUGAAUGAGAAAGCCACAGAGCUGUAUGAGAAGACAGGAGACCAGGCAUUCGCAGAGGGACCGAAAUCGGAGUUCAACACCCAGUUUACCAACAUCACAGCUGUCAUUAAGAAUAAGGUGCAACAGAUGGAGGAGAUCGUCAAAGAGCAUGAGCAGUAUAUGGUGUCGGUGCGUGACCUGAAUGACUGGCUCACAUCAGCUAAAGAAGAGCUUCAGCGCUGGUCAGACAUGUCUGGAGACGCUGCUUCUGUUCAGAGGAAACUCUCUAAAGUCAGGGGGCUGUUAGACUCCAGGAAACAAGGCCAUGAGCGCUUGACCCGUGUGCAGAGCUGCGGUGCCGCCACACGCGACCACACGUCCACGGUGGGCUGUGAGGUUCUGGAGAGAGAGGAGGCUGGGCUGCUCUCGGCCUGGGAACAGUGGGAGCGCGGUGCUAAACACAUGUGCUCUGGCCUGGAGGGCGUUCUGGCUCAGAUGGCCAGCUCGGAGCAGGAGUUCAACAGCCUAGCUGCGCAGCUGGAGCAGGACCUGCAGGACUUCAGCAGCAAGCUGCAGGAGUGGCGCAUCAAACUGCAGCAGGUGGAAGAAAUGAGCUCCGGUGAAGAGGCUGUGCAGGGAUGGCAGACAGCAAAGGACGCCUUGGAAGCACUGCUAAACAUUGAGCCCAUGUCGGACAAUUUGAAGUGUCAGCUGAAUGACUUGUGCCGGUUCUCCAGAGAUCUGGGCGCUCAGUCUGAGAGAGUAUCUGCCCUCAUUAAAGAAUACAACAGCCUCAGUCUCCAGGCGUCUCGAGAGUGUCAGGGAAAGGAGAAGCUCCUGGAGCAGCGCUUCCGUGCCGCUUUUCGGGACUUCCAGCAGUGGCUGGUCAAUGCGAAAAUCAAUACGGCCAAGUGUUUCGAUGUGCCUCAGAACCUGGCUGAAGCAUCGUCCAGCCUGCAGAAGAUCCAGGAGUUUCUGAGUGACCGUGAGCAAGGCUACGGCAAACUGAACACAGUGGCAGCCAGCGGAGAGCUACUGAUGAGCAUCGCUGCCAAAGACAGAGUGGAGUCAGUCAGAGCCAAAAUCAACACGGCCAGAGAAGACUGGAAAACACUCAUGAAGAACCUGCACCAGAGAGAAACCGCCUUACAGAAUCUCCAGGCUCAGAUGCGGGACUUUGAAAUGAGCGUGGAGCCGCUCCAGGACUGGCUGAAUGAAACCGAGGAGGCCGUUCAGGAGAGCAGCAGUCGGCUGCAUGAUCUCACAGCCAAGAAGCAGGAGCUGCACAGGUUACAGUCUCUGCUAGAGGAAUUAGCCUCUAAGGAGUCUCAGCUGCACAGGUUGAGGGAGAAGGCCCAGCAGCUGUGGGACGGACACACGGCCGGAAAGGGCUUUGUGCACCGUGUCUCGCAGCUCUCAGCUCAGUACCUAGCUUUAAGCAACCUGACCAAGGAAAAAGCCUCUAGAAUCGAGCGCAUCGUGUCCGAGCACCAGCUGUUCUCGCAGGGCCUGAAAGAGCUGCAGAACUGGGUGGCUGAUACCAGUCACAUGCUGCAAACCUACUGCACUCCCACCGCAGACAAGAACGUGCUGGACAGCAGGAUGAUCAAACUCGAGGCUUUGUUGACGGCACGCCAAGAGAAGGAGAUACAGCUGAAAAUGCUGCUGACGAGAGGAGAGUCAGCCCAGAGAAACACCUCCGCUGAGGGUGUACUGCUGGUCCGACAACAAAUCGAAGACCUCAAGGACUCAUGGGAUGGACUGUUGUCGGCUUCUAUUCAAUGCAAGAGCCAGCUGGAGGGCGCUCUGUCGCAGUGGACAAGUUACCAGGAGGACGUGCGUCAGUUUGUGAGCUGGAUGGAGACUGUGGAAGAGACUUUAAACUCUGCAGACAAACAGUGCUCUGAGAUGAGAGACAAAACCGCCAACCUGGGCAAAGCCAAAUUGUUCCUAGAGGAUGUUUUAAGUCACAGCAGCGUUUUGGAUGUCAUAUCCAUGAAGGGAUCCAACAUGGCCGAGCACUAUGUCACCCAGCUAGAGAUUCAGGACUUGCAAGAGCGUUACAAUAUUGUCAAAGAUAAAGCCCAGUGUGCAGUUGCCAAAGCGGAGGAGCUGGUGUCGGCCCAUCAGGAGUACCAGCGCGCCCUGCAUGAGUUUAAAGACUGGCUGGAGCAGCAGCAGGAGAGACUGAGCUGCUACACACUGCUGGAGGGAGACGUCGAGACUCUAGAGGACACUCUACGCAAACUACAGGAGCUUCAGGUGCAUUGCACAGAGGGUCAAGCCCUGCUCAACACACUGCUGGUGACCCGAGAGCAGGUGAUUCCCUGGGGCGUCCCGCAGUUAGAGGACCGAUGCCUGGAGAUGGUCCAGCAGGAGUGGGGCUCGUAUCAGGUCCGGCUGGGUGAGACCAGAUCUCAGCUCAACAGCGCUCUGGCCAAACUCCGGCAGAUAGAGCAGAAGUUCCAGCGGUUGGAUAACUGGCUCAAAGGGAUGGAAACUAAAGGACAAUUACGCUCCGGCCGCCGCUCUGACAGAGCAACAAAAGAGGCCCAGCUACAGCUCCUGACGGGUUGGCAUGAGGAGGUGCUGGCUUAUCAGGAGGAGAUAGAGGGUCUCAGUGUCCUGGCCCAACAAGUUUUAGAAGAGACGCCCAUCAGCAGCAGAGUCAGCACUAGAGCUACACAAAUCACGUCACGCUAUCAUGCCCUGCUGCUACACCUGCUGGACACCAUUAAGCAACUGAAGGAGGAAGUUUCCUGCAUUGAAGAAUCCCAGAGUGUCUUCGGCACCUUCUCUGAUUGGUUGAGCACAGCACAAAAGAACUUCAGCAGUGUGACCACCACCACCAUUGAUGUGGUUGAUCGUGUUGCCAUGGAGAAGAAGAUGAAAAAACUAGAGGCUCUGCAAGGUGACAUGGAGCUGGGUCACACCUUCCUGAAGACCAUGCGUGAAAAGACGGAUCGUGCCAUGACUUUCCUGGAGGAACCUGAGGCAGAGCAGCUCAAGGAAGAAGUUGACACCCGACUCUCCCAGCUGGAGGCGUUGAUCAGAGCUCUGCGGUCAGAGCUCACUGCCACAGAGAAAUCCAUACAGCUCUCCAAAGACUUCCUGGACAAAUACAAGACUCAAACACAAUGGCUUACAGAGACCAAAUCACUGCUGGCGACUCCAGUGGAGCCAAAAGCUGAACUUUACCAAAAGAAGGCUCAGCUAGCCAAAUACAAGACAAUCCAGCAGACCAUCCAGUCCCAUGAGUCAGCAGUCAAAUCAGUUAUAGAGAAGGGAGAUGCACUUCUUGAAACAAUCCGUGACCCGUCUAUCAGCGAGAACAUCAGCAAGCUGAAAGCUGACUAUCAAGAAUUAUGCAAUGAUGCCAAGGUCCACGUUCAGAGUUUGACGGAGAGCGUGAGAGAACAUGAAGACUAUAACAGUGAACUCCAAGAAGUAGAGAAAUGGCUGUUACAGAUGUCUAGCAGGCUGGUCACCUCUGAUUCCAUGCAAAGUGGUAGUCUAGAGACAGCCACACAACAACUAGCCAGACACAAGGCAAUAAUGGAGGAGAUAGCUGGUUUUGAGGAGCAUUUGACCAGCCUGAAGGACAAAGGCGAGCGUCUCGCAAGUAGCUGCACACAGCAAGUCCAGGCAAAGAUCAGUCAGCAGAUCCAGGCACACCAGCAGGGAACCAGAGACAGUUAUUCGGCUAUUUGCAGCACAGCUCAGCGUGUGUAUCAGAGUCUGGACCGUGAGCUCCAGAAGCACGUCAGCCAUCAGGACACACUGCAGCAGUGUCAGACGUGGCUGUCCACCGUUAAAGAGGAGAUCCAGCUGCAGGCGCAGACUCCCUAUGGCCUCCAAGAGGCUCUGAAACAGGUGAAGCACUUUAGGGCUCUACAGGAGCAGGCCAGCACGUAUCUGGACCUGGUUUGUUCAGUGUGUGAUUUAUCUGAUGAGUCUGUGAGAGCCACAGCUGCCAAAAUACAGGAAACCAAAACGAUGAUUGAGGAGAGGAUGACCAUUUCUCAAGAGCUGUCGGAUAGCUGGAGGGAGAUUAAAGAGCAAAAACAGGAACUCUCAACACUUUUCCAAGAUAUGGAACAGCAAUUGCAAAGUCUAUCCAGGAGACCAGCUGAGUUGGAGCCCAAGAUUGCUCAAAACAUGCUUGAUCAAGCCAAAGAAUUUGGCCAGCAGCUUCAAAACAGACAAAGCACUCUGACUACAAUGACAGAGCUUGUGAGUAAGCUGACAGAAGGGCAGGAGUCUCCUGAGCAUACAGAGAUUGGACGACUGAGCCAUGCAUGGCUGGAACUGUGCCAUCAGGCCAACAAACUGCAGGCUCAGAGAGAGGAAGAUCUGCAGAGGACUAAAGAGUAUCAUGACUGCAUCAGUGCCAUGGAAGCCCUCUUUGAACAGGUGUCCAAGGAAUGGGAUAACCUGGCCAGAACUGAUGCUGAGAGUUCAUCUGAUCAUUUGGAGGCUCUUCGGAAGCUCUCGGUUGUUCUUAAAGAAAAGAAAAGCACACUUGAGGACCUCAAAGAGCAGAAGCAAAAAGUAAUGUACCACUUAAACCUGGAUGAUAAAGAGUUGGUGAAGGAGCAGAUUGGCCACUUUGAGCAGCGAUGGGCCCAUCUGGAGAGUCUCAUAGAGAGGAAGAUCCAAGACUCCAUUGUGACCCUUGAAGACAUGGGCCAAGUUGAGGCCCGUUUGAGGGAAGCUCGCGAAUGGGCUGAGGAACAGAAGCCUGCCUUAUCCGAAGCCAUGAAGAUGAGUCCUCCUCCUGAACUAGCUCAGAGUUUCCUUUUCGACCAUCUAAGCAUAUGCAGUGAGCUGGAAGCCAAGCAGCUUCUGUUGGCUCAGGCUAUGAGUGAUGCAGAUAGGGUUUUAGCACAUCUGGGGCUUAACGAAAGGCAAAGACUGCAGCAGCUCAUCUCAGAAACUCAAGCAGAGGUAGAGUCCUUGAGCGUCAAAGUUGCUCAACGAAGGAAACACCUGAGCAAAGCCUUUACAGAGAGAACCCAGUUCCUUUUGGCUGUGAAUCAAGCUAUCACCUGGGUCCAGCAAAAUGAAAAGAAAGCACAAGCAGAUGAGUACAUAGCCCUUCUUCCUGAUGACCUAUCUAAGCAGUUGAGGACUUGUAGGAAUAUUCAGAGCAGCUUGAGAGCCUACCAGAGUGAGCUGACCUCCCUGUGGUCCCAAGGCAGGGAUCUGAUGAAAAACGCUGCCGAAGAAGAGAAAUCAGAGAUGCUAAACAAACUCCAAGAGCUGCAGAAUAUCUUUGAAGUUUCCCUACAGAAGUGUAGCCAGAGGCUACAGGAGCUGGAGAAAGUGUUGGUGACCAGGAAGUACUUCAAGGCAGAUCUCGAAAAGAUAUGCCAGUGGUUGAAGCAAGCCGAUAUUGUGACCUUCCCAGAGAUAAACCUCAUGAAUGGAGAUGCAGAAUUAAGUUCGCAGCUUACAAAAUACCAACAAAUAUUGGAUCAAGCCAUGGAAUAUGAGAACCUCCUGCUAACUGUGCAAAGAACAGGUCAAGAAAUACUUCCCACUCUGAAUGAAGUGGACCAUUGCUACUUAGAUGAGAAAUUGAUUGCUCUUCCACAACAGUACAAUAAUAUUUUGGGACUAGCCAAGGAGAAACAAGAGAAAAUACAACAAGCCAUUCUUGCCAGACAGGAAUAUGCCUCCUUUAUUGAUGUGACCCACAAAGCGCUUAAAGAACUUGAGGAACAAUUCCACAACUUGGGGACGCAGUCUGUCGGCCUUAAGACUGAGGAGGUUGUCCGUCUUCAGGCUGAUUAUAAAGGCCUCCUGGAGGAGCUGACCAAUCUUGGACAAGCCGUCAGUGAGCUUAACCAGAAGAAAGAGGGAUUUCGUAGCACCGGUCAACCUUGGAGACCUGAAGAAAUGACCCAACUGGUUAGCCUUUACAACGGUCUCAAAAGAUUGAUUGAGCAGAGGGUAGAACAUCUUGAUGACACUCUGGAAUCUUUCGAGGACCAUCAAGCCAUGGCUAUGCAGGUUGAUUCAGAGCUGAAGGCCACCAAAGAGCAACUGGUGAAAGUCAAUGCAGAGACGCAGUCAGCUGAGGAGAGAUUACAAAACUAUCAUGCUCUGGCCGCUAGUCUUCAUGGUGCCAGCUCUCACCUCACUCGACUCAUGGAGCAGAUGGAUAACCUGGCACCCCACAUGGAUUCCGCCGCACACGAGGCUUCAAAGCAGCGAGGAACCUCUUGGCAAGAAGAGCUUCAGUCCUUACAGUCAGCUGUUGGGGAACUAAUUGUGGAGUGUGAGAACAGGUUUGUGCAGAGUAAAGACUUUGAGACAGAAGUCAAUCGGACCUUAACUUGGCUCCAGCAAAUCAAAGAUGAACUUGGCUCUGAGGUGGUGGUAGACGUCAAGGUUGAGAAGGUCCAGGAGGAAAUCCGAAAGCAACAGAUUAUGCAAGAGGAAGUUCAGUCAAGGCUUAGGAUAGUGGCAGCUCUAAGCACCAGAGAGAAGCAGAAGUACACUAGUGCCAAUGAGCUCGUUCCCCCUCAUGUGGACUCAAGUCUACAAGAAAUGGCCAAGCUGGAGGCUGAUGUUCAACGUGCCCUCAGCUCCAAACAGAUAACGCUAGAGCAAGCUCUCGCCUUGUGCCAGAAGUAUCACUCCAGAAUGCAAACAGCUUGUGAGUGGCUGGAGGACGCUGUGGGCUUCUUGCAGCAGGCCAGCCUUGGGGUGGAUGUGGAGAACUACGAGGAGUGUCUGAGGCAACAGGAAGACAUCAUGGCCACUGAACAGGAGUUCCUGGGUGUUCUUGAGGAGCUGGAUUCAUUGUCACCUCAACUUGAAAACCUGGUCAACCCUACAGCCAAGGAUCAGCUUCGACUUAGUGUGGAGUCUGCACAGCAGAGAGGUGUGGAGGUCAGAGACCAGCUUCAGUGCCACCAAGACAUCUUAAACAGCUGUGUUACCCAGUGGAAUUCAUAUCAGGAGGCCAGACAGACAGUCAUUGAGCUGAUGAAUGAGGCAGAGAAGAAGCUAACAGAGUUUUCCACAGCCAAGGCUGCAACAAGCCAGGAAGCUGAAGAGAAACUCCGUAGUCAUAAGUCGUUGGUAUCCAUGGUAAACAGUUUCCAAGAAAAGCUGACUGGUCUGGAAGAGCAAGCCUCCCAGUUAGAGCUGGUUGGAAGUGAUGCCAGUAAAGCCACCAUAAGUCGAUCCAUGACCACGGUGUGGCAGCGCUGGACCAGGUUGCGCAGUGUAGCACGAGGCCAAGAAAGGGUGCUGGAGGAUACAGCCCACGAAUGGAGAACUUUCAGAGAAAAGAUGAUGAAGGUAAGAGCUGUAACAGAAGAACUGAAGGGCCGUGUUCCUGAUUGUACUGCUGAGAAAGCCUCCAAAGCCACACUGCAAUCACAUCUGGACCAGUACGAGCUGGUUGGUCAGGACCUGGAGAGGGAGCUGUCUUCUCUAACCCUCUUACGACAGUACGCUCUCAGCCUGCUACAUGGUGUGGAGGUGUCUGUGCCAACUCCUGAUCAUGAGCAACUGCCAAGUCUGAAGGAGAUCAAAGCUGUGCAAGAUCAGCUUGAAAGUCUUCUGCAGAAGGCCAGGACAGGAAAGACUCGGGUUCAGCAGGAACUGUCGGACAGGGAAGGUGUGGAGAGAGGGCUGAGUCUUGUCAAGAGCUGGAUCCAGGACUCCAGGGAGCUUUUGCUGAACCCCACGUCUGAUCUGGACAUUCUGACACAAGAACUGGAGGUGAUGCAUGGAGAGCUGAUCACUCAUCGCCAGAAUGUGGAUAAGCUUGCAGAACAGCAGCAAAGUAAAUACCUGGACCUGUACACUAUUUUACCGUCUGAGAUCUCAAUGCAACUGGCUGAAGUGUCCCUGGCACUGGGAUCCAUUGAGGACCAGGUUCAAGCCAAGGAGAGAGACAUCCAGAAGACCAGAGUUAUCAAAGAGGAGUUCAACUCCAGAAUUCAUGACGUGUCCGAAAAAUUGAAGACUGUCUCAACCUCUCUAAAGGAAAAGGCCACUGAUAUUGAUCAGGCCAAAGAUGAGGCCAGACGUCUCUGUGAUGAACUUGACGGCUGUGGACGAAAUCUCGCUGAGCUAGAAGCAGCAGUGCAGGACUUUGGUCGCCGUAACCCUCUGAUAGCCAGACAGCUGGCUGAUGCAAUUGCCAAAUUACGAGAGAUCCAUCAUCACACUCUUCGACUGGCUGAAUAUAAUACAACAUGGCUGAAGAAGGCUGAUGCACAUCUAGAUGAGUACAAUGAGAUGUUUGAGUUCAUAGUGAAGUGGACAGACAGAGCCAGGAGCCUGGUGAAGGCCAACAUCAUCUGGAACUCCUCCUCGCACCUGCAAGAGCAGAUCAGGAUGUAUCAGUCUGUUCUGCGUGAGUCGCGUGAGCUCCAUGGUGACCUGGAGGCCAUGCAUGAGAAGGUGGAAAUACUGUCUGAGACGCUGCAGGUGGAGGCAAUGGGACAGCAGGUGUCAGAACUGAGCCGCCACACUGAGGAGCUGGAGCUGAGCAUUAGAUCACGACUGCAUAGUCUACAAGACGCAGAAAAGGAUAUGGAGAGGUUUGAGAGUGAAGUGAAGGCCCUGCAUGUGUCACUGGAGCAGGUUCAAGCCACUCUCACAUCUCCUGAACUGGCCCGACUGAGUCUGAAAGAACAACUGACUCAAAGACAGCGUUUGCUGGUGGACAUGGAGAGCUUCAAGCAGCAGGUAGAUGCCGUACAGGAGUGUCAGAGCGCUUUAAGAGUCCCUGAGGAAGUGGUGACCAGUCUGUCCAUCUGCCGCACUGCUCUGAAUCUGCAGCAAGAGGCCAGUCAACUCCAGCACACUGCCAUCCAGCAAUGCAACAUCCUGCAGGAGGCAGUGGUGCAAUAUGACCAGUAUGAACAGGAAGUCAGAAACCUGCAGGCCAUGAUUGAAGAUGCUCACCGGGUCAUUCAGGACCAACCUGUGAACACCAGCAACAUCCAAGAGCUGCAGGCACAAAUUAACCAUCAUGAGGAACUGGCCCAGAAAAUCAAGGGCUACCAGGAGCAAAUUGCAUCCCUGAACUCCAAGUGUAAGAUGCUGACGGUGAAAGCUAAACACGCCACCACGCUCCUGUCAGUGAGUGAUGCAGAGGGUUUAACCGAGAGUCUGGAGGAACUGGACGGUGAUGCUAUUAAAAGAAAGACCCAAUCACAAGUCUCCAUGUCGGCUGGUCGCUGUCAGUCUCUCCUGUCUCCUGUGACAGAGGAGUCUGGCGAGGAGGGCACCAGCAGGGAGGUCUGCUCUCCUGCUUUCUGUCGAUCUCCCUCUCCUAUCACUAACACAGAAGCAGCCAUUAGCAAGAUGUCCAUGGGAAGGGCCACUCUCACCAGAGCGCCCAUCCAGGAGCUGUACAAUCCCGCGCUGGAGUCUGUAGCGAGCUUAGAUGAUCUUCAGCGCUCGUGGGAGACGCUGAAAAAUGUGAUAAGUGAAAAGCAGAAGACGCUCUACGAGGCUCUGGAGAAGCAGCAGCGCUAUCAGGGCUCUCUACAGACCAUCUCGACUAAGAUGGAGUCCAUCGAGGCCAGAUUAAACGAGCCUCCUAUGCACGAUCUCAGUCCUGACAGACAAAUGGUCCUACACCAGAAUCAGACGGAGGAAAUUGUCAAACUGCAGAAUGAUAUAGAUGAGCUUGAGUCCAGCUUCACAGAAGAGCUGAUCUCUGAUGCGGUGGACUCGGACUCUGCGGAUCAGCUGGCCAUGCAGUCCACACUCACUGUGCUGACCGAGAGGAUGGCCACCAUCCACAUGAAGGCUUCUGGAAAACGCCAACUUCUUGAGGAGCGACAGAGUGAACGUGUGGAAAAGCAGCAACAGGCUCAGACUUUGCAGCGCUACCUGAACCAGGCAGACCAGCUGGACCAAUGGCUACAGAGCACUCGUGGUGACAUCACUUCCUGCUCUCAGGACUCAGACAUGGAAGAUCAACUCAUAGACUGUCAGAACAUGCUGCUGGAGAUCGAGGAGAAGGUGCUGGCUCUCUCCGAGCUCUCCAGACAAAGUGAGAAUCUUCUGCUGGAGGGCCAGCCGGAGAACAGGGAGGACGCGGAGCAGCUGUCCAGGAAGUUGCGUACGCUGAAAGGCAGCCUGCUAGAGCUGCAGAGGAUGCUGCAGGACAAGCAGAUCAACAUUCAGGAUUCCCUUAAGGAGCCAUCAGACUCCAGUGAAUCAGAUUCCAGUCUCUCCCAGAGUCCAAACAUGCAGGACUGGCUGGCCCAGGCCCGCUCCACACGCAGCCUACAGCACCAGGACACCCUCCAGAAACAGAAGGAGCUUGAAGAGCAACUUGCAGAGCAGAAGAAGCUGUUGAAAUCUGUAGCGAGUCGUGGAGAGGAAAUCCUCACCCAGCAGGCGUCACCCGUCAGAGCCAGUGCAACAGAGAUCCUCUCGCCUGAUGUGGAGCAGGAGGGAGACAUUCAGGCCGUGAAGAAACAGAGGAGAAAGAGAUGGGAAAGUCUGAAAAAAGACAUGGCCACUAAACUACAGCUCCUUAUGAACACGCUGGAGCAAGACAGCAAACAACCGACAUUGGGAAAAGAAGUGACGGAGGUGACGAGGCAGAUCAGCCACAGCGAGGGGCUCAUAGGCAGCUCUGUGGGACUAUCUGAGGAAGAGCAGACCCUGAUGAAGGACACCCUCGACUGUCUGACUCGACGCCUGGCAGCUCUGGACUCGGCACUGGACCGCCGCUGUGACACCAUGAGGAGCCGAAUGCGGGAGCUCACAGCUUUCCAGACGGAGCUGCAGCAUCUCUUUACAGCGCUUAGUGAAAGCAAGUUCCAGAUUAUCCAGAAAAUGGCAGGAGUUCUUGAUCACACAACAACUAAACAGAUUGAAACCAUUGCAGAGGCAGAGGAGACGCUAAAAGACUUUGAGCACAGAAUAACAGAGCUGAAAGCCAGAGGGGCGGAGCUACAGCUGGACCAGUUCUCCACCAAUGAGCUGCUGAAGCUACAGGAUGCUUAUGAGGAGCUGGUGAUGACAGUGGGCUCUCGACGGAGCGGGUUGAACCAGAAUAUGGCACUGAAAAAUCAGUAUGAACGAGUUCUGCAGGAUCUAAUUGAUCUGGUGGACACGGCCCAAGAUAAGAUGAACGCUGACCAGAAGAUGAUCGCCAGCUCAGUAGAGGAUGUGCACAACCUUCUAGACAAACACAAGGAAUUUUUCCAAGGCUUAGAGUGGCACACGGUCCUCACCGAGACGUUCUACAAAAAAAUUAGAGCCUUUGUUUUGCCACGUGAGCGUCAGACUCUGGAGGAGACACUAGCUCGGGCUCAGGAUGUGCUUAAGCAAGCGCACAAGAAAGGAGUUGAGCUGGAGUGCAUCUCAGAGACGUGGGGUCGUCUAGUUUCGGACUAUCAGACCCUGUACCGAUUGCUAGAGGCUGUGGAGGGCAGUCUGCCGACCGCUGGCCUGGUGGAGGAGACGGAGGAGAGACUGAAGGAAAGAAUAGAGCUCUAUCAGGCACUUAAAGCCAGUCUGACGGAGCACCAACACAAACUGCAUCAGGUGCUAGAGGAAGGGAAGCAUCUUCUGUCAUAUGUGAGCUGCUCCAGCCUGGAGAACCAGCUCACACUUUUGGGUGAGCACUGGCUCAACAACUCCACCAAGAUCAACAGAGAGCUACAGAACCUGGAAUCCAUCCUGAAGCACUCAACCAGGUAUAAGCGUGAGUCUGGUGAACUGAGUCGCUGGCUACAGGAAGCUCUGGAACGCUUGGAGUUCUGGAACACACAGUUUGUUGCUGGUCCUCAGGAACUGGAGACUGUUAAAGACCAGUUAACAGCUUUUCUGGAGUUCAGUAAGGAGGUGGAGAGCCGCUCCAGUCUGAAGGCCUCGGUGCUGAGUGAGGGAAACCAGCUGCUCAGACUCAAGAAGAUGGACACCGCGUCUCUGCGGUCUGAACUCGCCCGUCUGGACUCUCAGUGGUCAGAACUGCUUGCCCGCAUUCCCGUAGUUCAAGAAAAACUCCACCAGUCUCAGAUGGAUAAGCUGGCAUCCCGUCACGCUAUCGCUGAGCUUGUGAACUGGAUGUCAUUGAUGGAGAGAGUCAUAGAAGAGGAUGAGGAGAAUCUCAAAGGGGCUGUUGGGUCAAAGGUCAUCCAGGAGUACCUGCAGCGAUACAAGGGCUUCAGAGUGGAUGUGAACUGCAAACAGCUGACUGUGGACUUUGUGAAUCAGUCAGUGCUCCAGAUCAGUGGUGCGGAUGUGGAGAGCAAACGCAGCGAUAAAACAGAUUUUGCGGAGAAACUGGGCGCCAUGAACUGCCGCUGGCAGAUACUGCAGACACGUAUCACUGAGAGGGUACAGUAUCUGGAAUGCUUGUUGGAAUCCUGGGUUGAAUAUGAGGGUAAAGUUCAGACUCUUCAGGCAUGGCUGAACGCUCAGGAGGACAGACUCAAGACGAAGCACAGGAUUGAGAACUUAUCCUCUGUGCAGAACGCACUUAAAGACUGCCAGGAGAUGGAGGAGAUGAUGAAGGAGAAGGAGAGGGAGCUGGAGAGAGUGGAAGAACAGGCUUGUGCUCUCGUCCAAAAUAAGACCGACGAGGCCUGUGCUGUUGUCAUGGAGUCUCUACAAGCCUUGAAUAACACAUGGGCCAAUCUGGACCACCUGAUCGGACAGCUGAAGAUCAGUCUGAAGUCUGUCCAGGACAAGUGGAGUCAAUACAAACAAGCAUCUGAAGAGAUCAACGGCUACCUGACGGAGGGACGCUACUCUGUGUCCCGCUACCGUCUGCUCACAGGAUCUCUGGAGGCUUCGCGGCUACAGGUGGAGAGUCUACAGAACCUGCAGGAGGAGCUUGAGAAACAAGAGAGCAGUCUGAGGAAGUUUGGAUCAGUUACACAUCAGCUUCUGGAGGAGUGUCACCCGUCUGUGUCUGACACACUCAAUAACACACUAAAAGACAUUAACGCCAGGUGGAACAGUCUGCAGGAGGAGAUCGUGGAGCGUCUGAAGAGCAGUAAGGCUCUCCUGCAGCUGUGGCAGAGCUAUAAAGAUCUUUAUGGACAGAGCGACUCCAGCAUCCAGACACUAGAGGAGAGAGCAAACCAGAUGCUGAAGACCGCCAGCCACAAAGACAUCACAGAGGAGGACGUGUCCACCUGGAUUCAAGACUGUGCUGGGCUGCUGCGCUCUCAGGCUCCCGUCCAGGCGUCUCUGCAGGUUUUACUGGAGCUGGGAGAGCAGCUCAAACAGCAGGUGGACACAUCAGCUGCUGCCUCCAUCCAGUCUGACCACCUGUCUCUCACCCAGCGCCUCAGUGCUGUAGAGCAGAGCCUGAGCCGACAGCAGGUGGCGCUGCAGGCUGGAGUUCGCGACUAUGAGACGUUUAACGAGCAGUUGGAUUCUCUGUCCCGCUGGAUCGUGGAAGCUGAGGAGGUUCUGAAAGCUCAGGAUCCCAACGGUUCCUCUGACCAGUCACUGAUCCAGGACCGCAUGGAGGAACUCAAGAAACAAAUGCUGAAGUUCAGCAGUAUGGCUCCUGAUCUGGAGAGGCUGAAUGAACUGGGUUACAGACUCCCUCUCAACGACUCUGAGAUCAAACGCAUGCAGAACCUCAACAGAAGCUGCUCCACCACCUCAGCUCAGACCACUGAGAGAUUCAGCAAACUUCAGGCCCUGCUACUACAGCAGCAGACCUUUCUGGAGAAGUGCGAGACAUGGAUGGAGUUCCUGGUGCAGACGGAGGAGAAACUGGCCGUGGAGAUUUCCGGAAACUUCCAGAGCCUGAUGGAGCAGCAGAGAGCUCAUGAGCUGUUUCAGGCAGAGAUGUUCAGCAGACAGCAGAUCCUUCACUCUAUCGUCAGCGAUGGACAACGCAUGCUGGAGCAGGGACAGGUGGACGACAGAGAUGAGUUCAAGCUGAAGCUGGCUCUGCUGAGUAACCAGUGGCAGGGGGUGGUGAGACGGGCACAGCAGCGCAGGGGCAUCAUAGACAGUCUCCUGCGGCAGUGGCAGCGCUACAGGGAGAUGGUGGAGAAGCUGAGGAAGUGGUUGGUGGAAGCGUCCCAUCAGGCCGAAACCCUGCAGGCGGGCACACCUGUGCCACUCCAACAGGCACGAGCCAUGCUGGAUGCAGUUCAGCUGAGGGAGAAGGUUCUGCUGAGGCAGCAGGGCAGUUACAUCCUGACGGUGGAGGCAGGGAGACAGCUGCUUCUGUCUGCUGACACACGGGCCGAAGCGGCUCUACAAGAGGAGCUGCUCGACAUACAGGAGCGCUGGAAACACGCCAACAUCCACCUGGAGGAGCAAAAGAAAGAGCUGGCCAUUCUGCUCAGGGAUUGGGAGAGAUGUGAAAAAGGUAUCGGAGGAUCUCUAGAGAAACUAAGAGCUUUUAAACGCCAGCUGUCCCAGCCGCUUCCAGAUCGCAAUGAGGAGCUGCAGUCUGAACAAAUGCGCUGCAAGGAUCUGGAGAGCAUGUUUGACGGCUGGAAGGAGGAUUUGACCCAUCUGACGGUGUUGAGAGAGUCUCUGUCCAGUUACAUCAGUCCUGAGGAUCUGCGUGUGCUGCAGGAACGCAUUGAACUCCUGCACCGCCAGUGGGAGGAGAUCUGUCACCAGUUGUGUCUGCGAAGGCAGCAGGCGAGUGAGAAGCUGAAUGAAUGGGCCAUCUUCAAUGAUAAAUAUAAGGAGCUGUGUGAAUGGCUGACGCAAAUGGAAAGCAAAGUAUCCCAGAAUGGAGACAUCAGCAUCGAAGAGAUGAUUGAGAAAUUACGAAAGGACUAUCAGGAGGAGGUGGCGGUGGUUCAGGAGAAUAAACACGAGCUCCAGCAGCUGGGUGAACGUUUAGCUCGGGCCAGUCAUGAGAGCAAAGCCUCUGACAUUGAACACAAACUCGGUAAAGUCAACGAACGCUGGCAGCAUCUGCUCGACCUCAUUGGGGCCAGGGUGAAGAAGCUGCGGGAGACUUUAGUGGCCGUUCAGCAGUUGGAUAAGAACAUGAAUAGUCUGCGCUCUUGGCUCGGCCACAUCGAGACUGAACUGUCCCGUCCCAUCGUGUACGACACCUGCGACUACCAGGAGAUCCAGAGGAAACUGGAUCUACAGCAGGAGCUGCAGAGAGACAUCGAGAAGCACAGCACAGGUGUGGCGUCUGUGCUGAACCUGUGUGAGGUGUUGCUGCACGACUGUGACGCGUGUGCUACAGACGCCGAGUGUGACUCCAUCCAGCAGGCCACACGCAGCCUGGACCGCCGCUGGAGGAGCAUCUGUGCCAUGUCCAUGGAGAGGAGACUCAGGAUUGAGGAGACGUGGCGUCUCUGGCAGAAGUUUCUGGAUGACUACUCUCAUUUUGAGGAGUGGCUCAUGUUGUCGGAGAAGACAGCCGCGCUGCCAAACUCUUCAGGUGUCCUUUACACUGUUGCCAAAGAGGAGCUCAAGAAAUUUGAGACGUUCCAGCGGCAGGUGCAUGAAAGUUUGACGCAGCUGGAGCUGAUCAAUAAACAUUAUCAGCGACUGGCACGUGAGAAUCGCACCGACGCGGCCUGUAAUCUGAGAGAAAUGGCCCACAACACCAACCAGCGCUGGGAGAACCUGCAGAGACGAGUGUCAUCCGUCCUACGCAGGCUAAAGCACUUUAUAUGUCAGCGGGAGGAGUUUGAGACGGCACGAGACUGUAUCCUGGUCUGGCUGACAGAGAUGGACCUGCAGUUAACCAACAUUGAGCAUUUCUCCGAGUGUGACGUCCAGGCCAAAAUCAAACAGCUGAGGGCGUUCCAGCAGGAGAUCACUCUGAACACAGCAAAGAUUGACCACAUAUUCCAGCAGGGUGAAGCUCUUCUGGAAAAGAGUGAGCCGAUAGAUGCUGCUGUGAUGGAGGAAGAGCUUGAAGAACUGCAGCGUUACUGCCAGGAAGUGUUUGGACGUGUGGAGCGCUACUACAAGAAACUUAUACGAUUACCGCUCACAGACGAUGAACAUGACGUCUCGUACUCGGACCGUGAGUUUGAUCUGGACGAGCCCGCUGACGUGUCCAGCUUUCCGUGGAGUGAGCGUCUGGGCGAUGGUUUUCUGUCCCCUCUGCGCUCGUCCAGUCGCUCUGCGUCGCUGGCCGCUCCUCUACGGGCCGAACGCUCGGGCCGAGACACUCCAGCCAGCGUGGACUCCAUCCUUCUGGAGUGGGACCACGAUUACGACCUGAGCCGGGGUCUGGAGAGCGCCAGCAGAGCCUUGUCCUCUGAACCGGGAGAUCAGGGAGAGGAUGGAUACCUGCAGGGCUCAGCGUCCGCCCUCUCAGAUGUAGUGAUUCCAGAGAGUCCUGAGGCAUAUCUAAAACUUACUGAGCAAACUCUGAGGUCCAGCGCUGGUAGGCAACAGCAGUCCGAAGAGCUGCAGAAGGCUCUGGAUAAGCGCAAGGCCAUCGCGUUGUCCAUUAACCUCUGCAGCGCCGAGUUUGUGCAGUCGGACAGCGAGGAGGCGCGAGACCUGCAGCGACAGCUGAAGGAGAUGAAUAACCGCUGGGAGCGUCUCAGCAGCUCUCUGGACGAGUGGAGGAACGCGCUCCAGCACGCGCUCUUACAGUGCCAGGACUUCCAUGAGAUGAGUCAUGGUCUGCUUCUGUGGCUGGAGAACAUCGAUCGCAGGAGGAAUGAGAUCGUCCCGAUUGACCACACUCAGGACAGCGAUACCCUACAGGAGCAUCACAAAACGCUUCUGCAAAUCCGCCGGGAGCUGCUGGACACGCAGCUGAAGGUGGCGUCCCUGCAGGACAUGUCCCUUCAGCUGCUGGUCCACUCGGAGGGCAGUGACUGUCUGGAAGCCAAAGAGAAGGUGCAUGUGAUGGGGAACCGUCUCAAGCUGUUGCUGAAGGAGGUGACGAGAGACAUCCGAGAGCUGCAGAAGACCCUGGACAUCAGCAGCAGUCAGCAGGACUUGUCAUCUUGGUCAUCUGCUGAUGAGUUGGACACUUCCGGUUCCCUGAGCCCCGUGUCUGGACGCAGCACUCCCAGUCGCCGGCGAUCGCCACGGGGCAAAAGUAGUCUGUCACAGCCCGGAGCCUGUGUGAGCAGUCCACUUCACAGCAGGUCUCGCAACGCCGCUGGAUCCGGUUCCUCCCAUUCUGACGAGGAAGAACCACCAUCCUGGUGCAAAACCUUCCUGAAGCGUGUCCUCUGGGCCGCACUGCCGCUGCAGAUCUUCCUGCUGCUGGUGCUGGUGGUGGCCUGUCUUGUGCCUGCGUCUGAGGACCACUACAGCUGUGCCCAACUCAACAACUUCGCAGGCUCCUUCCACCCAAUGCUCAGCUACACCAAGGGGCCUCCACCUAUGUGAGCUCCACUUUGAAGUUAAGACGGCAGCUCAGCGUCGGGUUUCCCUCUAAAUUGACAAGUGCCGUUGAGUUUGGCAACCAUUAUCGUGUCCUUGUACAGCAAAUACAGCUGCUAAUUUUACAGUAUGUCACUCUGAGUCUCGUGUAGAUGUUAGAACGAAGCCUAUUGCACUGAAAACUGCUGUCAGACAAGUGUCGUUAGUGCUACUGAUGUUCUUCCAUGUUUGAUGUGAAGGAGGAAACUAGAGCGUAGGAUAUUAACUCACUGUGAGUUAAUCAGGUCUUUUUUAAUCAUGGAAAGAUCAAGUUUAUUGGGAAAAAACUGAAAGGUGUUGGGUUGCUUGUAUCAAAUGAAUAACUUGUAAAAAAGAGAAGAUAAAACAUUUAUGAACUCUAUAUUGCAAUUAUUUUUUAUAUGUAUUUUUUGCAUGUGUUCAUCCUUUGGUUUUAAAACAAUCGUUGAUUUUAUUGGAUUAGUCAUUGUUUAUUUUUUAAUUUUUGAUCUUAACUAACCUGCUGUAAUAUUCAAGGUAACCGUGUCAUGAAUAUACUGUAUGCAAACCACUGAUAUCAAAGAAAAGGAUAUUUAUGUAUGUACAGUUUGCUAAGGCCUAAGAAACCUUUGCAAUGAAAAUACACCUAUGAUAUACACAUAACCUGCUGAUAAGGAUUUUUCAUUACAAUUAAAGACUGAAUG